AUGGCCAUUUCUCAAUUCUUUAUCUUGUCUUUGAGGGGAGACAAAAUCAUUGCUCGUGAUUAUCGUUAUGAUAUUGUUAAGGGUUCGGAAGAAAUAUUCUUUAGAAAGAUAAAAUCACUCACAAGUGAUGGCAGCCCAGUUUUUGAAGUACAAGGAAUUCAAUUUAUAUCCAUUAAGAAGAGUAACAUGUAUUUCGUUUUUACUUCCCGAUCCAAUGUUUCACCAGCCACAUACAUUCAGUGCUUGAUCCGAAUUGCGAAUUUGAUCCGAGACUUUUGUGGUGUGUUGAACGAGGAGAGUGUACGACAAAAUUUCAUUCUCGUCUACGAGCUUCUGGAUGAAAUUAUUGAUAAUGGCUACAUUGAAGAUUGUAGUACUAAGGUUAUGAAAUCAUUCAUUGCCAAUGAGCCAGUCGAAGUUGUAGUGCCUUCGUCGUCCUUACUGACAUCUUUGGGAAAUGCAUUUUCGUUUUCAGAGCCCCGAACGGCAACCUGCCAAGCUGCAAGAAGACCCAUCCAAGGAGGUACUGUUAAAAAGAGUGAAGUCUUUGUUGAUGUGUUGGAAAAGAUUAAUGUAACCUUUUCGGAAUCUGGUCAAAUACUCCUCUCUGAAGUGAUUGGAUGCGUCACCAUGAAAUCCUUCAUUCCAGGAGAUCCGCUCAUCAAAGUCGGGCUCUCUGAAAAUAUUGUCAUUUCGUCUGAGCCCAACAGAAUAUAUGGAAGUGUAACGUUGGAUUAUGUCUCGUUCAGUCAAUACGUCGAUUUGAAUGAGUGGGAAACUUCGAAAGUGUUGUCACUAUAUCCACCCGACGGAGAAUUCAAUAUUAUGGAGUACAGAUCUACCAAAGAGUAUAGCGUUCCUUUCAGAAUUAAUCCAUACUUUUCUCGAGAAUCUCAAUUUAAAGUGAAGCUUCUUGUGACACUGAGAAAUGAGUUGCCAGCAUCCAAAGUUGCCACCAAUGUUAUUGUGAGAAUUCCAGUUCCAAAAGAUUCAGCCACUGUGAGUGUUGAAUGUGGAGGCGGUCAACACAACGGUUACGAGUACAACUCGGCUGAACAAGUGGUAUUGUGGGGUAUUAAGAAAUUUCCUGGAGCUCUAGAGCAGGUUAUUAAGGUUACCAUCGUGACCAAUAAUCCAAUCACGUAUGACUUGUCACCUCAAAUGGGUCCUGUAAGCAUGAAGUUUGAAAUUCCCAUGCACAGCUGUACAGGACUUGAAGUGAAAUACCUCAAAGUCUUGACACCAUCACUUAUAGCAAGUCCAAAGAAAGCCAAUGAACGUAAGUAUUGA